AUGAUCAAGACAGAGACUAUUGUCAAGAAGAUAUUUCAAAUAAAACUUCAGACCAAAAUCUGCAUCUUUCUCUUUCAAAAAUCUCUUCUCCUGCUGCAGAUAGAGGUUUGGGUGUCUAUGAGCAUUCCCGUACAAGAUAUCCAACAGUUGCGAGAAUUUUUGAGCGUCUAUAAUAUCUUAACGGAGAAGUGCUUCGGCUCUUGCAUACGUGAUUACAACUCCCGCCAACUCACCCCUGCCGAGGACACUUGCGUAUCGCUAUGUAUUGACAAGCAGAUGCGAGUGAAUCGUCGGCUUAUGUUAGUUUUCGCAGAGCAGGCACCAAAAAUUUUGUUCAAGCAAGGAGAAGCAACCCCUACCGAGGCCAUCAAAGCCAGUGCAAAAGCUGCAAAAGAAGCCGCAAAAUUACCCAAAAAAGCUGAAGAAGAACCUAAAACUUCGACACAACCUGAAACCCAAUCCUAA